AUGUCUGCAAAUCGUGUAACUGCUCAAAAUGGUACUCAACCAUCGACAAAUAUCGUCAUGGAAGACCCUGAAUUAACAUGGAAGAAUCUGGUUGAUAAAGAGAUAAAGGCGAAGAAAUUGAUAGGUGUUACAUGUCAUGCUUAUUCCACUAAUGAUCAAAAAAUUGUUGACCAGACAAAAAUUUGUCCUUGUGGCCGACUAGCACGUGACCACAGUUUUGAUGGCUCGGCAGAAAGGCAAGAUGAAAAUGCUAUUUUUGGUCCAAAAUUUGUCACGAAACAGGAUCUGACUGUGUAUGGGCAACUUAAUAAUAGAGCUCGAGUACGUGUAUGGUUGUUGACAACUGGUUUAAACGAAGGUGUAUCAAAAUUAAUAGGACAAAGUGUUCGUCGUUACAGAUUGUUGAACAAAAAAUCAUCUAACCCGACUAUAAUUGGUUUGACCAGUUGGGGAACAGUAACAGAACAUACGCGAAAAGUUUUGACGUGGCAGACGUCACGUAACAUAGAAUAUACUUCUUCAACAGAUUCUGCUGAGAAAAGAGCACCGAUGGUAUUAAAUUAUGACGAAAAGAAAACACUGGAUAAACAUCAUUCACAUUUCAUUCUACUAGACAAUGGUCGUUUAGGUGGUUAUAUUGAUGAUAAUCCUCGUUCUGAUUUCGUCAAGAAAGUACAACAUGAAUGUAAAUGUCGAGCAAUAACGGUCAUUGUUGAAGGUGUAAUUAUCAUUCAUGGUAGUGGUCGUUUGGCAAAUGUUCUUGGUGCAUUACUCGAAGCUUCCAGCAAAGAAACUAAGCCUACAGAAGAUGAUGUGAAAAAACUACUCGAAUUAGUUUCUCCCGAACAUUGGUCUAAGUCAGGAGAAAAUGAAAACAUAAAUGAAGAGGAACUUAUUAAAAGUAUUCUAGAAUUGUUUGAACCAAUCUAUCGCGAAUAUCUGAGCGUAUUUUGUCUCGAACGUGAUCCAAGUCUUACUGAUAUUAUUUUUAAAGCAGUAGAUGCUAUUCAAAGUGAUGCGGAACAACAGAAGAAUUUUUUCAAGUUAGCUAUCAGCUGGAAUUAUACAGAUAGAACAGAAUCUAUGCCUAAAUGUCUCGAAGAUGAUCCAACACUUUAUCCUAGUUUAUUUGAACUGGCACUUAAAGAAAAUCGACCAGUAUUCGUUGAUUAUUUUCUAAGACGAAAUUACAAUCCUUUUGAAACAACUAAAUUUCUUAAACGCUCUAAAAACUUAAAGAAGAAAAGAAAUAGUCCCAAUGAACUCAAUUUAGAUCAGAAAAGAAUUCAGUCGGAACAAGAAUCAACGGAAAAUAAUAAGAAUUCUCUAAACACACAACAAGUGGAAUGUGCUAUCGAAUUUAUCAUUAAGGAACUUUAUGAAAAAGUUGAGACACAUUUUAAUCGUUGGAGUAAUCCAAAAACAUUAGAAGCACUCGAUUCAAACUAUACUCAAUUAAUUGGACCAUUCGCUAGCUCUUUCUAUGUCGAGCGAAAUCGAAGAAAUCAAUUCUUGCAGGAUACAAAAGCAUUCUUCUAUCAUGGUCGUACGAAUACAAUGAAUGAAACGUCAUCGAAAGACAACAGUAUCGAGAAAUCACUUAUCAGUUAUACGUGUAGUAAACCAUUCAGUAGCCAACAUAUGCUACGCGAACUUUUCUUAUGGAGUGUGUAUGUAGGUUAUGCUGAUGUUGCUUUUGUCCUUUUGUUACAAAUUGAAUCGCGAAUGAGUGCAGCUUUGAUCGCAGCUGGUAUGACUCAACAUUUAUCUUUAUCUGCUAGUACUUUAGAUGUACGACAUAUAUAUAUUGAACAAGCAAAAAAAUAUGAAGUAUAUGCUACAGAUUGCAUUAAUGCCUGUUACGCACACAAUGAACGGCUUGCUUGUCAACUUCUUUUACGUGAAAAUCCACUUUUUGGAAAUGUUACUUAACGUCUUUGUAAGUCACCUGAAAUGGAUGCUCAAUGGACAGAAUUUGAGAAUGCUGCUACAUAUAAUUAUGCGCGUCAACUUGUCGAAGACAAUUAUCGACCAAAGGUUGAACAGGAGACUUCAAAACUAGAAGCGCAAUUAAAUUCGAUGAAAAAUACUAUUGAUAAAUUACAAGCACAAAUUGAUUCAUUGAAUCGUAGCAACGAACAGGUUCGAACUGAAACUAAUGCACAAACGGUGAGCGGACCACUGAUCACAGGAAAUUGA